GUAGUGCUGGGAAAAGCAAAUGGAAUAGUCGAGUUAGCGCAGUGAAAAUCGAAAAUUUUCUAUACCUUUCAGGUUAGGUGUUUGCUUAGAAUUCCAAUUGAGUGGCACAAGAGCAUUUUAGUGCCUAGUUUAUUGUCAUUUGUUUGUCGUUGGAAAUAAAUUUAUUAAUCGUAAUUUUAGGCUCCUUUAAGGCUAGUAAUUGGGAUGAUGUACGAACACUGAUGAUAGCUUAGGAACAACUAAAAUGUCGACCUCUAGCGAAGAUGUGUUGCUUCAAGUCCCCAGUGUGCGCUACAAAAAAGGAGAUGGCAGUUUGUUCUUAAUGGAUACCCGUUUAAUUUGGAUGGUUGAGAACCGAGACACAGUCGCAGUGUCCCAUUCUUAUGCUGAUAUUAAAUCUCAGAAAAUUUCACCAGAAGGCAAAGCCAAAGUGCAACUCCAGGUUGUUCUUCACAAUGGAGUUUCAUCAACCUUCCACUUUACAAACAAAAACGGCCUUCAGGGUCAACUGGCUGACAGAGAUAAAGUAAAAGAAAUGCUGCAAAGUCUGCUGCCAAAGUUCAAAAGAAAGGUCGACAAAGAGCUGGAAGAGAAAAACAAAUUAUUGUCGACCAACCCCACCUUGCUUCAGCUAUAUAAGGAUUUGGUUAUGACUGAAGUGGUAACUUCUGAAGAAUUUUGGGCUCAACACGCCGUGCAGUAUACUCAAAAGCACAAACAACCCCAGCAAAGCAUAGGGGUCUCUGGUGCAUUUUUGGCUGACAUUAAGCCACAAACUGACGGCUGCAACGGAUUGAAAUAUAAUAUCACUCCUGACAUAAUAGAGUGUAUAUUCAAAACUUACCCUGCCGUUAAGAAAAAGUACUUAGAAAAUGUCCCUGCAAAAUUGACAGAAACUCAAUUUUGGACCAAGUUCUUUCAGUCCCAUUACUUUCACAGAGACCGCAAGUAUGCGGAAAGUAAAGAUGUUUUUACGGAAUGUGGCAAGCUAGAUGAUCAGGAAAUGAAAAAAGAUAUCCAAAAAGGUGUUGAUGAUCCCUUGGUCAAUUUAACCGAGUUUGAGGAUAAAUCUUUAGAUGAGGGAUAUGGGAUCGCUAGGGACAAACCAGCUGGCAAUAUUGGAACCGUGAGUCAGUCUAUGAUCAAAAGAUUCAACCAGCACUCGAUUAUGGUAUUAAAAGCGAGUAAUGGUAAAUCAAAUGUACCCUCUGCCAGCGAUAACGAUAAAGCUAGCGCGAAUAAUACUAGCAAUGUACCCGUUAACAAAAAGCAAAAAAUUAUAGAAAAAAUAACUUAUGAGGACUUGGAAAGUGAAGAUAUGGGCCAUACUAAUGGAGUUCAUCUAAACUUGUCCAAAGUGGAAAGGUACCUGCACGGGCCUAUGCCCGACUCGUCGGCAGAGCAUAUUAGUCCCAAUGAAGCGUCUUCUGUUCUAAGAGGAGUCCUUCAGGAAACAAGACAGUGGCAGGCUAGAUCUCACACAGGCAGUUUAGUCAGUCCUGCCGCCGCAGUAGGUGCUUUGGGCGAAUUGUCGCCGGGAGGCGCCUUAAUGAGGGGUUUUCAGGAACAAUCCUUAGCACAAUUGGUGCCUUCCGACAUUGAAAAGGAGGUUAGGAAUUUGUAUUUGGCGUUGUGCGAGUUGUUGGCUCAUUUUUGGAAAUGUUUCCCGCCGACCACGAGCAAUUCGGAGCAGAAAGUGAUGAAAAUGCACGAGGCCCUGCAACGAUUUCAAACCGUGAAACUCAAACCCUUCGAGGAUAAACUGAUUAGGGAGUUUUCGCCAUUAUCGCAUCACUUGACCAAACACCUGAAUCAACUGCUGAAUGCAGCUUACCAAAAGUUUAAUAAUUGGCAAAAGAUCAAAGGCAGAUAGUGGCGGAAGAUAAUGUUCAACGCGAAUUUUUGUUUGCAGCCCUUAGCUGGUUCUUUGUGAUAAUUUAUUAUGUUUUUAGGCAUUUUAAUAAAUGCGAGUGUCUUUUUUUUUCUGCGUUUUGCUUUUAACAAGGUACAAAUCACCAUCCAAAAUUCGGACACCAGAUUUCACAUAACCACCUGCUAUUCCUUAAAUAGGGUUAUUGGUAAAUUCGUAAACGCAUAAUAAUUUAUUAUAAAAUACAUAUUGAAUUUGAAUAGUGAAUUAAGAAGUGGUUAAUAUAUUUUAUAAAUGCCACAAGUUUAAAAAACGGACUUAA